GAGAGAGAGAGAGAGAGAGAGAGAGAAAGAGAGAGUUAAAUUCCAGAACCAGAAAUGACUUUAUGGCAAUUUUUAUAAAGAAGGAUGCCUUAAACUUUUCCUUCUUUACAAAAUAAAUGAAGACAUGUUGGCUGGACCUGUCUUGCCUUCUACUGUCCUGUGGCCUGCAGAUCUAAGAAUGAGAAAGACCGCCAUCGCUGCCAUUUUUAUCCUGUCCUGCCUUGUAAGUGAUGUUGGCGGUGUGAUUUGCAAGUUCUGCAAUCUCUCCAUCCCCUUUCAUGGAUGUUUGCUGGACUUUGGAACCUGUAGAACAAAGCCUGGUCAGUAUUGCAUAAAAGAGAUCCUCACUAAAGGGGGAAUCCAGUGGUAUUCAGUUAAAGGCUGCACUGAGGACAAAUCGGAGUGCUUUAAGAGGAUUAUAAGGAACUAUGAGAUCCGCUCUUCUCAUUGCUGCCACCGUCCCCUGUGCAACUUCUGAGGAAGUGGCUAUAUCCGUGUUAUUGACUAGUCAGUCAGAUCUGAAGCCUGACCUGGUGUGAUGGCAGCUUCUGUCUCGGAGCCAUGGUCAGAAGUUGAGUUUAGCUUCUCGGUGUCCGUAUCCCGCCCCAGCAUCUCACAAGAACUCUGUAUUAGCUUCAUUUCUGUUGCCAUAAUAAAGUGUUCUGAUGAGGAGAA